CGCUCAGCUUAGACGGCGCCGCCGCCGAAGCCCCGCCGGUAUCCUGCCUCAGAAUGACGCUCUUUGAUGGCAUCUAUCCCUUUUACCCCCAACCCAGGAAGCCCUUUGUCUUUGAUGUGGAUACCAUCGUUGUAAUUAUUGUCUUCCUUGUAAUUGCCUUCAGCUUCCUGCUCAUCCUUCCUGGAAUUCGGGGCAGAGCGAGACUGUACUGGCUUUUCCGGGUCAUCGCAAGCCUUUUUAUCGGAGGGGUCAUCGUUGCUGUCCACUUCACCUCUGACUGGGAGAGGGCACAGGGAACAGCGACCACCACCUACAAGUCUUUCAGCCCAGCUAAGGUCCAUGCAGAGAUCGGGCUGCACGUCGGUCUGGCAGGACUCAACGUCACUCUAGUUGGAAGCCCCGUGGAACAGCUCAAUGAAACGAUCAACUACAAUGAGCAUUUCUCCUGGUGGUUUGGGGCAAACUACGACAACGACUUCGACGAAGGCUUGGAGCACGGCCUGCCCAGCCCCAUCCUCUACGUGGCAGAAAAGUUCACCGGGGACAGUCCCUGCGGCCUCCACCACCUCUACAGAAUGGCAGGGCACUAUGCGUCAGCCACCCUCUGGGUUGCCUUCUGCGCCUGGCUGGUCUCCAACAUGCUCUUCUCCAUGCCGGUCCCUGUCUAUGGCGGCUACAUGACCCUCGUCACAGGCAGCUUCCUCAUCUUUGCUCUGCUCUCUUUCUCCACCGGGAGAAGUGCUUCCUGCGUCAUCCAGUUCGGCCCCACCUCCUUGCAGCUCGCCUAUGGCGCAUCCUUCUGGCUGACGCUGGCCACAGGGCUGCUCUGCUUCCUGAUCGGAGCCGUGGUGAUAACACUUCACUAUACCUGCCCUGACCUCCUAAAAGCCUUCUUUGACCUGUGUGAGGAUGAAGAGGAGGAAGAGGGGAUGCUGGGAGAAGUGUACAUUAACCCCCACUAUGCUCGAACGAAGGCAGCUCCUUCGCCAGCCAAUUUGAGGCUGACCAUCAUGGACAGCUAGAGCGAAGCUUGUGGUGGGACCUUCCGGACCUGUUCUUCCAACAGGGACAUUGGGUGUGAUCUGCCCUGGCAUAGCCAGUAGAGAAGAAUGACUCUAUCCUAUGCACUGAUCCUGAAAAGGGGCAGCUGGAAGCUGGGCUUCUUCGCUGUCCACAGCCUUCGGCACCUGCAGUUCAGCAGCCUUGUUUUUAUUAAGUCUGGAGAACAACUGGAAAGCACUUUGCUUGUUUUGUUUGGGUAAUGCCUCCAACCAGUGGUGGCUGAUGCCCAGUGAGACUGGUAAGGCAGGAAGCAGAGAAGUCUGCAUGCCGAGUCCCAAAGAGAACCCUGAGGCUGGGAGCUGGUGGUUGCUCCUUGAGGUGGAUGGGCAGGGGGACCCAGCCGAAAGCAGACUGCAGUUGAAGUAGUGCCGCUUUUGCCCUGAUAGGUCCAUCUCCAUGGCCACCAACCAAGGGAUGAGCAUGGAGAAGUUACAGGCAGAGGACAAUUGAUUCCAGAAGAGGAGGCAGGCUGCAAGGAAGGGUUCUGCUAAGCUAGUGCUGUUAGGUGAAUGGACAAGACUCAGAAUACUUGCUGGCUGGGGUCAGCGGGAGAUCUGUAGUUCAGCAGCAUCUGGAGAGCCAAAGAUUCUCCACCCCUUGUGCAGCCCCUCACCUGAGCAACAAAAAUUUAUUGGAAAAUGUGCCUAAACCAACGUAUAUAAAGCAGGCGUUGCUGUUUUGCUCUCUGCCUUGGUGGGAGACAAAAGCCACCAAGCUGAAUGUCAGAAGUAGCUCUCAAGUCUCUCACAGGAUGCGGAACUGAACCCUCUUGCACCUUGACUGAUCCCUAAGCAUCUCAGCCUUGGGCAUGGCUCUCCUUUAGCAGCAGCCUCCAUGUGGCACUUCAAAAGCA